AUGAUAUAUAUACAACAGCUAUAUAGGUCCAAUAAGGAAUUCAGAGAUUCAAGAUUGAACUCCCUAUUUUCAGACUUUAGUGGAUUGAAAGAGUCAAACCCAGAGGGAUACAUGGCAAAUUUGAACGCCUGGAAACAUUUUCUGUCAAGUGUGUUCAACCAUGGUGAAAUGCUAUCAUUCAAUUACACUUUUUUGAAAAAAAUGCUAUUGUACAGGACUUCUAGACGUGACUAUUUGCCAGAAGGCUUAUAUAUAGUAUUGAAUGACAUGAUCAAUAAUGAUAAAAGCUUAAUUUUGGAAUCAACUCUAAAUAUGCAUAAUGAAAGUCAACGUCCCGGAAUUUUGUUAAUGCUAAAAAAUGCAUUCUUUGGUACCAACAUAAUCGAUGUAAGGAACAAGCAAACUUCCGUCGAAACGUUGCUAUCGGUAGAAGUGCUUGAGAAUAAAUGUAAGGUAAUAAAGGAGAAGCUCUUUCCAAUUCUUGAUUCAGAUGCUUUGAACCUUGACCAUUUGCGGAGUAUUUUGACUGAAUCAAACAUAGAUAUCAGCAAACAUGAUUUACUGUUGUGCCUUCAGUAUUUGCAAAGAGACUUUGAUAAACUAGAAAUUUCUAAUGACAUUGUCGUAAUGAAAAAUGGUGAUGCAAGACGUGAAGAUGAAAGUGGAGAAGUAGUGUAUGAAGACUUGAAGCACAUCUCAGAUCUCAGUUACACAAUAUACAAGCUCCAAAAGUAUGGUAAUGAAAAAAUACAGGAAGUUUCUGAUAUUGACAAGAAAUUGAAAAAGUCAUUACAUGAGAAAAAUCUCAUAGUGGCAAAGACUCAACUAAAGCUAAAGAAAUUACACGAGAUACAAAUAAAUAAAACCCUUAAUAGUCUUGAAAAUUUACAUACUUUAAAAAUCAAGGUUGAGGAUGCACAGAACAAUCUACUUAUCUCGAAAGUUUGGAAGGAAAACACCAACGUGAUGAAGUUGCUGAACCAGAAGGCAGAAGUAUCAGAUGAAACAUUUGAUGAAUUGUACCGAGAAAUCCAACAAACAGAUCAUAUAUCCAACAAAUUAGGCAUAAAAUUCGCUGAUCCAGAAGAUGAAGCAAUUGAUAAAGAGUUAGCUGAACUAGAGUCCCAAGUGAUCAGUGACAAUAAAAGAGGUGAAGAACAAGAAAUCGAGGAGAUCCAGAAGAAACUUGACAGCCUUAAAUUACCGACCAGUAAACCACUAGGCGAAAAAGGAACCCAGACCGCAAACCAAAAGCAACAAGAAGUAAACGAAGGAGGUAAAAAGGAAGAUAUUGAAACCAACAAAGAAGCAGUACUAAAUUAG